GGUGCGUUUUAGGUAGCUAUUUCUGUUCUUUCCCUCUCCGACUUCCCUCCAAAAAGUGAACACGUUCGAGUACGAGCUCGUAUUUCUUGACGUUCAGGGCUCGGUCGAGAGGGAGCGAGGAACUGAAGAAUCUGCUCAAGACCGGCUUUCAUAUUCAGUAGAGAGCGGGCGAGACAAGCUCAAAUGGCAUCGACCUCGGCGUCGCGGGCUGGUGGCGUCACCGGACGGAUACGGCACGCCGCCGUGACGCUCCAGGACGAUAAUCAAGCUAUCGUCGCUGAAAUUCUGAAAGCUUUCGGCAUGCUAAAGGAAGUUGCUGUUGCUCUGGAGAAAGACAAUCAGACUCAGAAGGUGAAAGAACUUGAAAAAGCUGCUGUGGAGUUGCUGCAAACUUAUGAAGAUUGUAUGCAUUUCUCAACAGCCAUCAAAUCUGUUGGUGAUACAUAUGAGCCUGGUCCUGAGCUAACAGACUUUGGUAAGGUGUUUGACCAUGAGAUUGCAAAGGAAAAGUCAAAUUCAUCAACAGAUCCACAAAACCACCCGUUAGUACGCCAAUUUAGGGAAGCAGUAUGGAAUGUUCAUCAUUGUGGCCAGCCCAUGCCUGGUGAAGAGCAGGAUGAUGUCAUCAUGACCAGUACCCAGGGCAACCUUUUGAAUGUUACUUGCCCAUUGAGUGGAAAGCCAGUCACCGAACUGUUGGCUCCUGUUCGCAGUGUGGAGUGCAAGCAUAUAUACGAAAAAGAGGUUAUUUUGCAUUAUAUCAGGUCCAAGGGUGGGAAUUCAAAGUGUCCUAUUGGAGCUUGCCCUAAGGUAUUGUCAGCAGAUAAAGUGAGUUGCGACCCUAUGUUACUUUACGAAAUCGAGGAGAUGCGCUCAAUGAACAAGCGGAAUGCUGCGACUGAAGUCGUGGAAGAUUUUACUGCGCUUGGUGAAGAAGGAGAUGAUUAACGGAGAUGAUUCUAGCUGUAAUUGACCAAAUCAUUCUGAAAAAAGCAGCUAGGCUUGCUAACCUUUUCCGCCAAUUGCUAAAUAGAAACGACAUUGUACAGAAGAUGUUAACUUAAGUCUAUCAUUUCUUUCUAUUUACUGUCCCUUCUAGGGUUUCAUACUCCUUUUGUCCUCCCAUGAUCAUGGGUGGUACUUAACAAAAAUGUCGGUAACUGCUGAGGAUUGUGGUUCAAGCACAUAGAAAA